AUGUCAACUUCGUUCGUACGUUUUCUCAUAUUCAUCAUAGUUUGUUUAUCCAUUGCUCAUGCAUAUCCAUCAUCAAUGACCAAACAGAAAUGGUUACAAGGAAGUCUUGAACAUCACCCUCAAGUUGUUUAUGAACUUUCAUCGGACAGUGUUGAUACUGAUCUGAUCGAAAAUGAUGGUUUUCCAACAUGGUUGUAUCGUUCGCGUAAAUUCUGUUGUGCACCUCCAUUGUAA